UGUGUGUGUUGUAAGUGUGUGUUGCUUUGAGAGGUGUGUGUGUGUUUCAGUGUGUGUAUGGAGCUGUCAGAGAGGCAGGUGGACCCUUCACUUCCCCCGGUGUAGUCCCCGCGGAGGGACAUCACCACAUACGCACACGGUUACCGGAUUACUUCACGUUAAUGUCGCUUCUUCUUCAUCAUCAUCGUGAACAUGACUUCUGUGUGGAAGAGACUCCAGCGGGUCGGAAAGAAAGCGGCGAAGUUCCAGUUUGCUGCUUCGUUUCAAGAACUGACGAUAGAGUGCACGAAUAAAUGGCAACCAGACAAACUGCGUGUGGUUUGGAUCCGGAGGAACAGACGUCACAGCACAAAGCUCCACGGCUGGCAGCCGGGGAUUAAGAACCCGUACAGAGGCGUGGUGCUGUGGCAGGUUCCAGAGAGUUUAGACAUCACUGUCACACUCUUUAAGGAGCCGACUGCAGACGAGUUUGAGGACAAGGACUGGACCUUUGUCAUCGAAAAUGAGACUAAAGGUCGCAGGAAGGUUUUGGCCUCGGCUGACGUGAACAUGAAGAAGUUUGCGAGUGCGACGCCGGCUCAGUUCGACAUCACCCUGAAGCUCAAACCGCUCUCGGUCAAAGUGAUCGACGCCACGCUGAAACUCAACCUGUCCUGUGUGUUUCUCAAAGAGGGGAAAGCCACAGACGAGGACAUGCAGAGCUUAGCGAGUCUCAUGAGUAUAAAAAUGAACGACAUCGGGAACAUGGACGACUUCAAUGACAGUGAUGACGAAGGCGGCGGCGGCGGCGCCGGCGGCGAGGAGAAGAGGUCGAGCUUUGGGAGUGGACAGUCUCCUCAUGUUACGGAAUUUAAGAGACAGCUGAGCACGCUGAGUGAAGAGGACAACCAGAGUACAAUACCAACAACCUCUGAUCCUCGACCCCCUGCAGGCCGGAGGUCAGAGCCGUUCAGGGCCUCAGAACGGAAAAGAGAUGCACAUUUUGGAUACGAGGUCGUGAGAGCAUCAGCACGGAAAACUGAGCACACAGACGAAUCUUCAGGACAACCUGCAGGCCCUCAUCAAAAAACAGAACCAACAACACCUCAGAAAACACCUGCAGAGGGAGCCGCCUCGUCAGAUAAUUUUACCGCGAGUCCGAGCCUGGUGACAUCCAGUCACUCUCUGCUGCAGUGGUGUCAGGAGGUCACACAGGGUCACAAGGGAGUAAAGAUCACCAACUUCAGCACAUCCUGGAGGAACGGCUUCGCCUUCUGCGCCAUCUUACAUCACUUCCACCCAGAACAGAUAAACUUUGAAAUGCUGGACCCGUAUGACAUCAAGUCAAACAACAAAAAGGCGUUUGACGGCUUUGCUGAACUUGGUAUUUCCCGUCUGAUGGAGCCUUCAGACAUGGUCAUGUUAGCCGUACCUGACCGUCUCAUCGUCAUGACCUACCUCAACCAGAUCUGCACACAUUUCACGGGCCAGCAGCUGAGCGUGCUGCACAUCGACAAGGACAGCAGCGAGUCCAGCUACGCGGUCGCAGCGGACAGGGAGACCCCCGAGGACCCCGAGGCGAUGGUGCGUUACUGCGCCCAGAGGCUGCAGGAGGAGGGGAUCAGCCUGGAGGCUAAUAGGACAGCAGGCCCUGCAGAGGAGAGUCAAACCAGUACAGACGUGGUUCCUCCUCCGAGAACCAAACGGAUGCAGGGCGCUGGGGCGCAGAUACCUGUUGCACCACCCAGGACUCAUUUCCUGUCCAAGUCAGCGUUCUCUCAUGUCAAAGACGCUGAUCUGGUGAAGAAGAGGAGGUCACAGCGGAGAAGUGGAUCACUGGACGAAGGAGAAAUAUCAGUGGUCGUAGCAGGGGCGGAGGAAAGUGUAAUCACCCGGAGAAAGUCAGAAACUGGUGUCACAGAGGGAACAGACGCCGUGGUCGAGGAGGGACGAGCAGAAGGCCAGGACGCCAGUCAGUAUGUGUUGAGUCAGAUGGAAGCUCUGGAGGCCGAACAAAACCACAUCGACAACAGAGCCGGGGUGGUGGAGAGGAAACUCCGACAGCUGCUGGAAACAGGAAGUGAUAAGGUGGAGGAGGAGCGUCUGAUCCAGGAAUGGUUCACGCUGGUCAACAAGAAGAACGCUUUAAUCAGGAGGCAGGACCAGCUGCAGCUGCUGCUGGAAGAAGAAGACCUGGAGAGAAGAUUUGAGCUGUUAAACAAGGAGCUGAGGGACAUGAUGGCCAUCGAAGAGUGGCAGAAGACUCGGGAUCAUAAAGUCCGAGAGCAGCUGCUGCUGCAGGAGCUGGUUUCACUGGUGAACCAGAGAGACCAACUGGUGCACAACUUAGACGCCAAGGAGAGAGGAGCUCUGGAGGAAGACGAGCGCCUGGAGCGAGGUCUGGAGCAGCGCCGGAGGAAGUACGCCAAACAGCAGAAAGAGAAGUGUGUGAUGCAGUGAUUUUAUUAAAACUCCAGCAUGCAAACUUUGAGCUUUUAUAAAAGGAAGUGGGACUGAAUUAAGGACAGGACAUUAGUCUCCUCUCACCUUCUACCUGAUGGAAGGAGAGGAAACGACCAGCCAGCAGGAAGUGGACGUUUUGUAAACAGUCCAAACUUGACAGGAAGUUCAGCUCCGAAGAAAUGUUUCCCAACUUCUCCUCAGAGCCUGAGAGAGAGAGAGCUGUUUGUAUCUUUUAACGGUUUGCUUUGCAGUGUGUGUGUGUUUUUAUUUGUGACUUUAGUUACAAAGUGUGAAUGUUCAGAGUGUUUGUGAACGUGUGUACGACUGACACGAGCCAAGCUGCCAAAAGAGAAAAGGAAAUGAGGUUUGACCAGCUCAGCCUCCACCUGCUAAAAACCAAAAUGUGGUGCCAGAAGACUCAGACGUACAAGGAUCAUGUUUCUCCUGAUGACUGUUACUCAUCUCAAGAGGGGGAGAAGUCCGUGAACUGAUCGAACCUCUUGAAGCAACGUUUUUGAUUCAUCAUAAAACAAUCAAUUGUCUAUUUCUCUGCCUCCAUGGGAUUUGGUUACAAAGAAAUUUUGUUAUUUUUAAACCUGGGCCACAUUUUAAAGAUUUAGAGAACUCAAAAUGUCCACAGUAGAUUCUCUCAUCUGUCUGCAGCAGGUAAACAGGCUGUAAUGUCUGUUUACCUGCUGCAGACGUUACAGUCUGUCUACCUGCUGCAGACGUUGAGAUCUUACCUGGUUUAGAAAGUUACCAGAUAGACCCUUUGUUACGGAUCCAGUGAAGGAGAGGUUGUGGUUUUGGAAAUAAAAUAAAACAUAUUAAUGUCA